UCAACAAGGGCCGCCGAACACAUCAUCUAUGCUGCCUGAGAGGCUAACCUCUGGGUACAUAAACACACUACCCCAUCGCUUCAGUUCAGCAAGGUAGCCUCUUCGAAGCUAAGCUAGCGACCUAUCCGGUGUGUGUGCUGUUGCUCCAACCUGCAGCAAACCGCUUCCUAGUUUGGCGUGACACGUAACCAGCUUGCGGUCUUCGUAUGAUGCCGGUGCCUAUUUGAUUGUCCGCGCUAGCUAGCUUACUCUGUAACUGUGUGUGAGGGGCGUGAAAGAAGAGGACGGCUUGCCACUGCCCACCAGCAGCAGCUGCUACGGGUAGUCUUGACUACGGCUGCCUCCUGCUGCUAACAUAGCUGAAGUUCCUCAUCUGUCUGUAGAUGAGGUAGUGUGGUGAUUUAGCUAGCUAAACACACCCCAAGGCGGUGGGUUCAUGUCUGCCUCUCAACCAAGAAACCAACUAUUACGAAAAGGAAAUCUUGCAGUUCAUGUUUCGCCAAGAAGUCGGUGUGACGUCUUUUAUUCCAUCUUGUUCAUAUCUUUUCCAACACGAGAAGAGGAAUAUGUCCAGGUAUAACAUAUACAGCCUGUUGGACUGGAUCUACGGCGGGGUGGAUCCGAAGUUCGAGGGCAACGGGGGGCCCGAGUGUGCCGCCUUCCUGGCGCCCCAGCAGCGCAUCAGCGAAAGUCUGGUCAUCGUCCUCGUCUCCCUAGUGGAGAUUUGCGUGGCGCUGAAGAAAAUAAACCUCUCCAAAGAGCUCAAAGUGGUCGCAAAGGACUGCACGAGGGCAAAGGAGGACAGUCUGAUGAAGAACUUGUUGCUGGUUGCCCUUUGCAUGACUUUUGGAGUGGAGGUUGGGUUCAAAUUCGCGACCAAGACCGUGAUAUAUCUGCUGAACCCCUGCCAUGUGAUGACCAUGGUGCAGCGUUUGAAGCGGGCAGCCACAAUGUCUACCACUGUGCGAGGGAGCGCGGUCCAGAGCGAGCUUGAUGUCGUCGAAAGCAAAGAAAGGGGACACCGGAGCUCGACCCUCAUGAUGAGCAACCUGAGGGAAUCCAUGGAGUUGGAGGGGGACACAGAUAUGGAAGUAGCACCAGAUGGCUCAGCCGCUUCGUGUUCCAACGGGGUCGACAGUGCUGCAGCUGAGCAGGAGCUGAGUGCGGCCAGCAGUCUCCACUGCAUCUCAACCCUCCAGCGGCCGGGUUGAUGCAACCUAGACCUGCAGACCUACAAACGCAAAGAGACUCCAUGUAUUCAUUUAACGAGGCUGCAAAGAAAUAAGAAUUCUUUUAUGUGACAUAAGCUGUACACUGAAAGAUUAACUUAAUAAAUAGUGUUAUAUUUUCCCA